AUGAGUGAUAUCAAAGUAAAGAGACCUAUCAACAUGUUAUAUAGUUGUAUGGGGCAAAAUGCCACCGUAACUAUCUGGUUAUAUGAACAAACUAGUACGAGGAUUCAGGGGAAGAUCAAAGGAUUCGAUGAGUUCAUGAAUUUAGUUGUUGAAGAAGCAGUAGAAAUUUCCACAAUCGAUGGGUCUAAAGAACCUUUGGGGAAUAUAUUAUUGAAAGGGGAUAAUAUCACGUUAGUGCUGAAUGUGAAUGAUCAGCUAGCAGAAAAUUAG